AUGGUUGAUGAUCCAGGCCCUGGCCUUUGGCCCCUGACCCCCCCGCUGGAAUGUGAAGAGUGGAUGAAGCCCCAGAGAGUUAUCAGGACUCGGUCCUCUCCAGGCCCUAGCGGCUGCACUUCAGACCCUUGCACCCACGGGGGCAUCUGCCGGGACACUAGUAGUGGUGGCUUCCUGUGUGUCUGUCCCACAGAGCCCGUGGCCUAUGUGGGGACCAUCUGUGAGAAGCUCUAUGAUGCCUGCUCAGAGCAGGUCUGCCCUGAGAAUCAGACGUGCCAUGCGACCCCAGGGGCUUUGAACCACACCUGCCAUUGUCCUCCUGGAUUUGGGGGACCCAACUGCAGCUCUAUAGACUGUGGGGAGAAUGGCUGCCUUCCGAGUUGUACUGACCAGCCGUGCCACCAUGGGGGCACCUGCCUUGCAUCAGGGGCUAGUUUUGCUUGCCUCUGCCCUCCAGGAUGGGCCGGCCCCCUGUGUGAAGAAGAUGUAGAUGAGUGUAUGUCAGGGCCCUGCCAGAACGGAGCUCUCUGUGUGGAUGGUCCAGGCGGCUUCCUGUGCUACUGUGUGCCAGGCUUCCAGGGCCCACACUGUGAGCUGGACAUCAAUGAAUGUGCGUCCAGGCCCUGCAAACAUGGGGCAUCCUGUAUCAAUCGUGUGGAUGGCUACCAGUGCCUGUGUUCCCCUGGCUACACAGAUGGAGUGUGGGUGUGGGUGCGUUGCGGGGGUAGAGAUGGGCGGGUCAAGGGGAGCAUGAUUAGCCUCCACUCCAGCUCAGCUCCUGGUGAGCAGCUGCUCUGGCUUUCAGCUGCCUUGACCUGGCUGGACCCACAGCCCAAUGCCUUCCCCAGGCACUCACCUCAUCUUCCUGGCCCCCAUGACUGCAAAGGGGGUGAGAUGACACCCUCGCUCCCAGGGGCUGUCCUGGGGGGCCUAUUGCUCCUGACAGGUAUAUCGUGCAUGGUCAAUGUUGAUGAUUGUGCAUCGGAGCCCUGUUUCCAUGGUGCGUCCUGUGAGGAUGGUGUGAAUGACUACAUGUGCCACUGCCCCCCAACCUGGGGUGGGAAAGACUGCUCUGUCCUGCUUACUGGAUGCGAAGGUCACGCCUGCCAACAUGGAGCCCAGUGCAUCCCCAUCUACAAGGCGGGGGCCCAUAGCUAUACCUGCCAUUGCCUGCCUGGCUUUCAUGGGCCCAGGUGUGCCCAAUCUACUACCUUUUCCCUGGCAACUGGUGGCUCUUUGCUUGUGGCACUGCCUGCGAGCGAUGGGCACGGGCAGCCAGCUGUGUCACUGAGGUUUCGAACUACACUGCCUGAUGGACUUCUGUUCUCCCGAGGAGACACCGUGGAGAGCCUCACCCUGGUGCUGUCUCAGGGCACCCUGUGGACCAUACUAAGGAGUCAGGGCACUGAGCUCCCCUUGAACCUCAAUAGCCCGUCCUUGAGUGAUGGGCAUUGGCACCGGGCUGAAGUGGUGCUCCUGCAGUCAGCCUUGGAGCUGAGGCUGUGGCAUGAGGCUUGUGAGAACGGGCCCUGCCUGAAGAGCCACCCCCUGGUAGGAGAAGUAGCCCUAGACUCCCCGGCCUUCCUGACCGUCCGCGUGGGUGGUGGGGCUGGGACCAGUCCAAGCUUUGUGGGCUGCCUGGAGGACGUGCGUGUGGAUGGGCAUAUGUUGGUACCUCAGGAUCUUGCUGAUGGCCGGCCGGGGGUACGGCUGGGCUGUGAGCGUACUGAUUGGUGUGGCUCAGGGCCUUGUGACCAUGGAGGAUCCUGUGUUGACCUCUGGACAACUUUCCACUGUGACUGCCCUAGGCCUUAUGAAGGGCCCACGUGUUCUGAGGAGCCACUGGCAUGGACCUUCGGCCUGGGGGGUUCCCACAGCAGGGCCUCCUUCCAGCUUAGAGAUGCGCCAGGCCCCAACCUCACCUUAUCUUUUGUUCUGCGAACUCGUGAGGCUUCGGGCUUCCUGCUGCAGAUGACCAAUGGCUCACUGUCCAACUACACAGUGUUCUUGGCCAGAGGGGAGAUCCAUGUGGAGACAACUUCCACUUCAGUGGUCACCUAUCCUGGACGCGUGGACGAUGGACACAGGCACCUAGUGACCCUCAGCUUAGGGUCUGGACAGCUUCAAGGGCUGCCUCUGGGCCCCAGCUAUGAGGUUCAUGUGGGCGGUCUGGCCCUACCAGCCUGGGCUGAGCCUUGGGGUGGCAACUUUAAAGGCUGCCUUCAGGAUAUCCGUCUUAACAGCCUCCGCCUGGACUUCCUCCCUCUCCUUCACCCAGGCAACUGGACCGGUUCUGGGGAAGUGUAUGAAGGGGAGGCCAGCAACCUUACUUUGGGCUGUGUCUCAGAAGAUACCUGCAUACUUGAACCCUGUCACAAUGGAGGGACAUGUACCGUGACCUGGAAUGACUUCAUCUGUGUCUGCCCCCCUAAUUUUACGGGGCCCACGUGUGCCGAGCGCCUAUGGUGUCAGGACCAGCCCUGCCCCCCUCCUACCACCUGUGUUGAGGUCCCCAAUGGUUACAUCUGUCUGGCCAAUGCUACAUUCCAAGAUCAGCCACCUGCUGUGUUCACCGGCUACAACCUGUCAGCCAAAGCGGGGUUUGCGGGCCUCUCCUUGGCUUUCCGUACCCGGGACCCCGAGGCCGUCCUGCUGCAGGCCGCUGGAGAGGGGGCCUCCUUGUGGGUGGCCAUCCGCAACAACAGCCUAUCCGUGGCCAUUCGGAGCGGGAACAGCAUCGAGGGGGCCACCUUCAGAGGCGCGGGGCCCGUGUCUGACGGGGCCUGGCACUGGGUCACCCUGACCAUGGAGGAGCCCGGAGCUUCUGCUUCUCGCUGGUGGCUGCAGCUCGAUGGGGCCCGGAACACGACCCUUUGGGGCCAGGCAGGGAGCCUGGACUUCCUCCGCAACCGAGUACCCGUGGUUUUGGCAGAAAACUUCACCGGCUGCCUCGGCCGCGUGAGCAUCGGGGGCCUCGACCUGCCCUUUGUCCGCCUCACGACGCCUCUCCCCCAGCCGGAGCAGUUCCUCCUGGCCAGCAGAGACGACAUUGAUCUGGGUUGUCGCGGGGGCCCCGUGUGCUCGGUGGAACCCUGUCUCCAUGGGGGCACCUGCCAGGACCUCUUCAAUGACUUUAGCUGCUCCUGCGGGGCUGGCUGGGAAGGCCCUCGGUGCGAGGUGGACGUGGAUGAGUGCGGCUCGGCUCCUUGCGUCCACGGCCACUGUGGGAACCUGCCAGGCAGCUACCGGUGCCACUGUAGCCCCGGCUACACGGGGAGGGACUGUGAGACCGACGUGGAUGACUGCCUCCAGCACGCGUGCCUGCAUGGUGCCACCUGCGUGGACGAGGUCCUGGGUUACUCCUGCCGGUGCCCGCCUGACUUCAGUGGUCCCCGAUGCCAGUGGCCCUUCCCACCAGAUGAGUGUGGCCAAAAUUUCACUUGCCUGAAUGGAGGCCGCUGUUAUGAUGGGCCCUGGGGAGCCAACUGCACAUGCCCGAUGGGCUACACUGGCCUGAGAUGUCACAUUCCGAUUCCUGAGUGUGAACCCAAUCCUUGCCAGAAUGGUGGCACCUGCCAAGCAGCUGGGAGCGAAGUCGAAUGUAUCUGCACUAGCAGUUUUGGGGGGCGACGCUGUGAUGUGGCUAAGGGGCCUCCCACCAUCCUGUUCCCGUUCCCAUUGAUCGAGGUCGUCGUGCCAGUGGCCUGCGGCUGCCUUCUGCUGCUCCUCAUCGGCCUCCUCUCAGGCGUCCUUGCAGCCCGGAAGAGGCGCCAGUCGGAGGGGACCUACAGCCCUAGCCAGCAGGAAGUGGCAGGAGCCCGGCUAGAAAUGGACAGUGUCCUCAAGGUGCCACCUGAGGAGCGCUUGAUAUGACUCUCUUCCAAGCCCCACCACACACACACGCAUCCAUCUUCCAGGCCAUGAGGGGGCUGUGGCCCGUCCCAGCUCAGCGAGGACCCGUGAGGCCCACUCACGCCGAGGCGGAGGAGGAUGGGAACCUUGUCCUUUUGGGAUGGAGCUAGGUCACAAAAGGUCCUUCCUCUUCCCCCUCUGCUGUGAAAUGGAGCUCGGGUCUCCUGGGGGGAUGUCCAGGGAGAACUGGGCCCCGUCGCAUCAGCCCUAAGCAGGCAAAGCCCGGGUUUAAGAAGCAGAGGAUCGAGAAUCGUAUCAAUGUGGCCAAAAAGCUCUCUGGAUUUGGAAUCUGAGUUUUGGCCUGGGUUUGAAUCCUGGCUCUGCUUCUAAUUCCCUGGGUGACAUUUCCCUUCUCUUGGCCUCAGUUUCCCUUUUGUAAAUGGAGAGGGUUGGGUUAGAUUACUUCUAAGGGUCCUUUUAGCUUUAUCCGAUGAACGGACUCAGCUCAUUUGGGUAUCUUCUCCCUCGAUGUUAGGGAUCGUGCAGGAACACUCGCCAAGACAACUUUUCCCCAAACCUGAUCCCUGACAGCACUAUGCAGACAAUCUGGGGUGGGGGUGCAGGUAGGCAGCAAUUGCCCAGGAGGGCCGCCUGCCAGGCCUCUUCUUCUGGCUCGCCUGAGGCUUCCUGAUGGCCACUGAAAGCUUCUGGAUCCUUCCAUGGACUUUCCAAGAGAAUUCUGCACAGCGUCUCCCAUGCUUGGACCUCUGCCUCUUUCCCUCAACACCUGUAGUGGGAGCUUGGAUGGGGCCAAGGGCAGGAAGCAUGUAUGAAGAAUGACUAUGGAGGACAGCAUCUCCCCCUUUUUAUCCUGGCCGUCACCUUCGGGUCAUCCUAAGGAAGAGGGGAGCAACUCAGGGAACCAAUCCAGAAUGACACAAGUAAUGGGAGAGAGAUAGAAGCCGCCCUCCCUUUG